AUGGAAUCCUUAUCAUCUUCUUCUUCUUCCGUAACCUCCUCGCCGAAUUCAAAACAAGUAACCGAUUCUGGAGAACGAAACUGGGUAGAUCUUCCACGAGAUUCAGUGUUAUCCAUUUUCCGGAAGCUUGACUCAAUCGAUAUUCUCAUUCGCCCUUACAAUCUUCCUCAAUUAGAGGAACUUGAUAUAUCACUCAGCAACCUAACUCAUCAUUCUUUUGAAGCCAUUGGCCGAAGUUGCCCUCGAUUGAAAACCUUUAAAUUUAACAUUCAAGCAUACAAAUAUCCACGCGUUGAAGAUGAUGAUGAUGCAUUUGCUAUUGCGCAAACCAUGCCUGGAUUACGCCAUCUCCAGCUUUUUGGAAACAAGAUGACUAAUGAUGGUUUGCUUGCUAUUCUUGAUGGCUGUCUUCACCUUGAAUCUCUCGACAUACGCCAAUGUUUCAACAUUAAUUUUAAUUUGGUAGCAAGUGUGGGGAAGAGAUUUAUAGAACAAGUCAAGUAUUUACGGCUUCCAUAUGAUGCCACUGAUGAUUAUCCAUUUCAAGCGGCAUUUGAUUAUGCUUCACUCGCUGAAGACCCAGAUUGGUUUGUGUACCAAGAUUUUUUGUCUGACGAUGAUUAUGAGUAUUAUGAGGUAUUAUGAAUUCUGCAUAGGAGAAACGUGUUGUGAAUGUCUUAGACUCUUAGUAACAACUCCUCGUUUUUUCUUUGUAACAUUGGGAUACAAAGAAAGUAUGGAACGACCCAUCAAUGCAUGUUUGAAUGAAUUUAUUUGGUACGACAGUCUUUUUCAUUGACAUAUUGCAGUUGAUAAUAUCAUCUAGUAUCUUUGUGAAGCACAUUCAUUGUUUGCAACUUGUGUUUAUCUGAUAAAUAAAUGUAAGAAGCAGUUUAUUUAGAGAUGUUUGAAAAUAUGAGAAUUUAUAGUUUGACUGUGAA